CACAGGCAAGAUAAUGAAAUCCGUCAGAAGUUCGAGAUACAGGACCUGCGUCCAGCGACGGCAUACACCUUGCGCGUUGCGUCAGGCAACCAAGUGGACCUCAGUCCAUACACUGGGCCUGUUCACUUCACUACCCUCGAAGAAGCCCCAUCAUCGCCUCCUCUCAACGUGGCAGUGGAACAGACAGAGAACCCGGGCGAGCUGCACGUGUCGUGGCAGCCGCCGCCGCCCGACGCGCACAACGGGGUGCUGGUCGGGUACCAUGUGAAGGCCGUCCCGCAGAAUGUUGGGAAUUUAGAUGAAGGAGAUACCAGAAUGCUGAAGGUUUCGCAUCACAAUGGCAAACAAGAUACUAUACUUAGCGGAUUGUUGAAGAAUGUCAGGUAUUCAAUAUCAGUAGCAGCUUCAACAAACGCCGGCUCAGGACCGUUUUCAGUGCCAGUUUAUCAGGACACUAGAGAAGGAGCACCAGAACUGGCGCCGUCAUCGGUAGAAUGUACAGCUGUGUCUUCAACUUCAGUGAGGGUUGGCUGGCAGCCGAUAGCCUUGCCUGGCCAGGGCAGUUCUCUGGUGGGCUAUAAUGUCCUCUAUUCUACUGAUGAAGGCGCAUGGCAGAACGCGACAUCGCUACACACAGAGUUCUACAUACAAGGCUUGAUGAAGUAUACGAACUAUACUGUGAAGGUUGCCGGCUUCUCCAGCUAUGGCGCUGGCCCCUACUCGUACCCCAUUGUGUGUUCUACGCUGGAAGAUGUCCCCGGGCCUCCAGAAGAGACCAAGGUGCUGACGGUGUCGGCCACAUCACUGCUGGUGAGCUGGAAGAAGCCUCUGCAUCCAAAUGGGCAGAUUUUGAGAUACACCGUCUAUGUGAAACCUAUUUCGAGCACAUCACCACCACAAGGCUACCGAGUCGAAGUGAACCCUCAACAGAACCCGCGCACCUACUCUCUAGAAGUCAAGGAGCUGUCAGUGUCCCGUCAGUACGAGGUGUGGGUGGCGGCGCGGAGCGGCGCGGGCGAGGGCGCGCCGGGCAGGAGGGUGCCGCAUGCAACUAAACAUAGAGGUGCUUUGUCAUAA